AUAGAGUUAUGUACCGUAUUAUUAUUUUAGAUGAUAUGUAGAAGUUGAUUGAUUUUAAGACAAAAAAAAAACUAACUUAAAUUGCGGAUUUUGAUAAUUUGGUAAUAAAUUUUCAAAUAUGUGCACAUUCGCCUCAGUAUAUGUCAGAAAUAAAAAUAUUCUAACAAGUGGUAUUAGAGCUCUGUGGUAUUAGAGCUCUGUUUGAAGAAAAAAAAAAUUAAUGUUGCACAGAAGCAACAUUAUUGUCUUUGUCGAAGGAGGCAAUGGGAUUCGAGUCUAGUUUGGGUAAAGUAAAGCUAACUAAGACUAUAUGAGAGCUUGUCGAAACUUAUUCUAGUUGAGGUUAUAACACUUAAGCGAAGAAUGUCUCACCGUUUGAUUUUUUGACGUACUAAAAUUGUAAGUUUUCCCUUUGAGGGUCUGUGAUCUUGCACCUAACACGAAACUAAUUUCAAAAUUUUCCCGGCUCGAAGAUGGAGUCGAGCAACGGGAUGAGUGCCUCGAGUUGUAAGAAGGCCAUGUUACCGCGCUACAAGCUCGGAAAGACUCUCGGCCAUGGCGCAUUUGGGAAAGUGAAGCUAGCUGUCCACACCUUGACAGGGAUUAAGGUUGCGAUAAAGAUACUCGAGCGCCAAUCCAUCGAUGAAUACGAAGCGCAGAAAGUUAGGAAAGAAAUCGACAUAAUGCGACAGCUCUUCCAUCCCCACAUCGUUCGCCUGUUCGAGGUCGUCGACACUCCGGCGAACGUUUAUGUCGUCAUGGAGUACAUGGAUUCCGGCGAACUGUUCUAUUACCUGACGGAGAACGGGAAGCUGCACGAGGAUGAGGCUCGCCAUUUUUUCCAACAGAUAAUCUCCGGCGUCGAAUACUGCCACCGACACCUGGUGGUCCACCGCGACCUCAAGCCGGAAAACCUCCUCCUCGACUCCGAUCGCAACGUCAAGAUCGCAGAUUUCGGGCUCGGAAACAUCAUGCGCGACGGGCAUUUCCUCAAGACGUGCUGCGGGAGCCCAAACUAUGCUGCGCCCGAGCUCAUCUCUCGACGAUUGUACGCCGGUCCGGAAGUAGACGUGUGGAGCUGCGGAGUUAUUCUAUACGCAUUGCUGUGCGGUCGCCUUCCCUUCGACGACGACAAUAUCCCGGGCUUAUAUGCCAAAAUAAAGAACGGAGUAUACCCAGCUGCGAAUCACGUAUCGGAGAGCGGACGGGAUUUGAUUUCGAGGAUACUCGUGGUCGAUCCCAUGAGGCGUAUAUCGAUCCCUGAAAUUCGCCGGCAUCCUUGGUUCCGUCGACAGCUUCCCCGGUACAUUUCUAUGUCGUCUCCGAAUGCUUCGGGAGGAACAGAGAAGAUUGAAAUCGAUGCUGUGAAGGAGAUGGUUCGGAUGGGAUUCGACGGCCGCGAAGUCAUUGUGUCGAUACAGAAUCAUCUGCACAAUGAGGCAACGGUCGCAUACUCUAUGUUGUUGCAUAGCUUCUCUCGCGAACAAGGAAUGCAGCUCGAUAACCCAAUCAAAGAGAAUCGAGGACAUUCCGAUGCUGCGCAGAUGGUGACUACAUUGACUGCGACUCCACCAGUUCUUCCGGGAUCGAACAACUGGACUCUUGGCUUCAAGUCCCUGGCAUCUCCGAACGAGACAAUGUCGGAUGUCCUGAAAGUUUUCCAUGGCUUGAAUGUGAGAUGGAAGAGAAUAGGACACUACAAUAUGAAGUGUCUGUGGUUGCCUCCAUCUGCAGUCGAUGCAAUCAAAUUCGAAAUACAGCUCUACAAAGCAAGUGGAGAGAAAUAUGUUCUAGAUAUGCAGCAACUAAAUGGACCUCCAUUUAUCUUCUUAGACAUCUGUGCUGCAUUUCAAGCACAGGUAGUUGUGUAGCAAAACAUCUCAAGAAAGUAAGCGCGACAGCUCUACAACGGUACAUAAUCAUAUAUCGAAACAAAAGCGUUGAAUUAUACAGCAGAGCAUUAAUGGAUGUUCAUUCCGGUGUUGUGGUGAUGAAGAUCUAGCAGAGGUGAAAAUUAUCUGCUGUUCAAUAUCCUAUCUGAGCUCUAACUGUACAUCUUAUGGUGAUUUCAUCGAAGAAUGAGCUUUUAUUUACGCGUGCAAUAUAAUUAGAUAGCGAGCACGUACUCUUCCCACUUGCCAUAGUUUGUAGAGAAGCUACCGCCCCCCAUUUGCUCGGCAAACUCUAGGAAUACUUCGUGUGUGCUAACAUUCCAUGCUUCCACCAUCUGUUUGAGUGAUAUCGGCUCAUGAAGCUUUCUUAGUAAAUAGCCGAGCUUUGAUCUUGCUUUCUCCCACAGGUCUUUCUCCUCAGGUUCACUGCAUAUCCGAAAAACAGGUAUCCUAGUGUAGAUGUAGAUGGAUUUGCACACACACACAUAUAUAGAUAUAUACAUAUACUUGAGCUGUGUCUUGUAGUUCUCACCUGAAACUAGGAGGUUUGGGAUCGAGUAUGGUUGGAGAGGAGGAGGGAUAAUCGACAUCAACAAUCAGUUCCAGGACUAGGGUAGGAAACUGAGAGCAGUAAAAAAGAGUUUAUAGGAAAAAACUUCAAUGAAUGGAGAUUUUCAGAAGAACUGAAGGUCAUUAGUGUCGUUACCAUUUGUUUCGAUGCGUUGGGCACCUCUGUGUUUCUAAGUCCCAUGGGAAUGUAUGAACAUCUAAGGAGAGUUCCUUUGUUGAAUCCUGUCAUGGAAACGUCGUCCUUGUCUAUAAUAUCCACGACCACAUUGAAAAACUUGUGAUUGACCUCUUUGAUCUCUAGUAAGAGAGGGUUGGUAGGCUGAAACGAUGAAUUGAAAUGUAUUAAGAUGUGAAAAAAACAAUGCAUAAAAGAUGCAGAUCGAUGUUCAUAAAGUUACGGAAUGUAUUAAGAUAUGAGCUGAAUAAUGAUACCUCUGUCUUGAACUUCUUUGUUGCCCUACUGGCAGAGUACUCUGUUUCACUUGUGAGAUUGUUCGGAAUAAUGGUUUCAAGUUGACGGAUCAUUCUGGAGUUUAUGCCUGUAUUAUUAUCCGGUACGAUAUUCUCGUUUUCAGAAUCUCCAAUGUUGGCCGCUAAAUCAUGACAGAUGACUUUUGGAGGACUGCCCUUGGGAAAUUUGGUCAUUCUAUCGUUUAAUCUGGCAACACUGAUGAAAUCCUGCAACGAGGCGUUCAUUGCUGUGGAUGAUAUCGACUUCACCUUCAAAACACAGGCAGAAGGAGUUUCAGUAAAUACAAUAAACAUCUGUGGUUAAUGGAUCAAGGUGAUGCUUCAAAUGACAAGAUGAACUCAUAAGGAACAUAACAUACCGCUUCAACCAAGCGCUGGAAUGGCUCUCGUUUGGCACACGGCUGCUGGUCAUCCCGACUAGCAGGUUCUGUCUGCAGGCAAGAUUUCGAUGGCCCUUGAGAGUCAGCAACAAGUUGCUUUUGAUUCGCAUCUUGCAUCUGGGGCUGCGAUGGCGCCACAGAAGUUUUCGGCAAUUUGCUACUUUCUUCAACGUUCAGUGGACUCUUGACAUAAUCUGCUGGUGCCGAUGAAGGAGUCAAGGGAGAUGGAAAUGCAGACGGCGAGGUAGAUAGCGGGGGAGUUCCAGAUUUUGAAAGCUUCGAUGAUAACUCCUUCUGCACAAGCUGUGAGGAAGAUUGCUGUGAAUUCUGAGGAGAACCAGCAUAAGGGGAAGAGCACGAUGGCGGCGCAAGGGGCGACAUUUUCUGAUUGAAUCCCACCAUACGUCUCAAAUUAGUAUCUUCGUUCCUUUUCUGCAACAUCUGCUGCUUAUUUUUAUCAGGGGGCAACUGCUGCGCUGGUUGUUUCAUUUUCUGCCUCUUCAUUGCAUGAUCCUGUUGCUUAUUCUGCGGAGAGACCGGUAUCAUUGCCGGAGCCAUAGGGUUAACAGAGUAAUCCAACGAGCUGUAAACAUUCCUCGGCGAGGGGAUCAUCUGCUGGUGUGGAGUGCCCAUGUUCAUGUGCUGAGCAGUGCCGCUAUCUGGAGGAUGGAGUAACAUUCUAAGUGAUCGCUGAUCGAAGCUCUUCUGAGUAGGCGAUGGCACCAUAUUUCCAUGUGAUCCCCACUUUUGUGCCGCGGUUCGCAUUGUAUUACCAUACUGAAUGGCAUUUGCCAUUGAUGGAGCAUCGACCUUCGGUGAAUUCACUGAGCUUUCUGGCAAGUUCAAAGCUCCAGUUUGCCUUAAAGAUUGCUGCUGCUGCUGCUGUUGUAAGGUUGCUGGUGGACAAUUGAAUUGAUAAUAGUUUUCCCUUUGCUGCAUCUGAGGUGCUUCCAACUGACUGUUUGACGACUCAGCUUGUUGAGCCGGCUUUCCAUUAGAAAACAUAGCUCGAAUUUGCAUGCACUGCUUUACUGCAUCGUCCAGCAUUUGGAACACCUUAUCUUUUCGGUAGUUUAAGAGUUCAUUUUUUGACAGAUUCAUAAACUUGUACAGCUUCUCAGCAAAAUUUUUCGUCUUUUCAUAUCUACUGAUUUCUGCAGCAGUAGCCUGGCAAAGAUUUGUUUCGAUAAAGAUUGAGGCAUACAGAAAUCAUAAAUGUAAAUGCUG